AGUAUUUAAAAUAAACCAAGAUGCAGACUCAAAUAGGUGUAGGUAACGAACUGCAGAGGAGCUAUAGGAUGCAGGACUUCGCAUCACCUGGCGUCAUCAUGAGAGAACGUAGCUUCAUACGGCCACAGUCGCAUCACAAUAUGCAUCAUAAUCAGUUUUCGAAUGGGAAACGGCGGAGUAUGAUUCUAACUAACGCAAAAGGGAAACCUACCCUCGAGAUUUAUAGACCCCCAGGUGUCCGAACAGACGGCGUGGUGACCACGGCGGGGACGGCGGCUACCACACCCACCACGGCGACAACCACAAACAAACUCAAUGUCCACGCAAAAGAGUUCACUAUGGCUAAGCCUGUCGACCUUCACAAUAGGUCGGCAAUGGGCCUUGGGUACGCCAGUAUGGGCCUGCAGCAUUCGCGGUCUGCGGUGCUGCACGCACAGGUGCCGCCGCACUACCGGCCCGUGCUGCCGUCACAGACUCUGCUCGGAAGCACAGACGGCAAUGUACAACACGCAUCUGUGGGUCCACGUGUGCAUUUUAAAUUACAACCACAGCAGGGUAUGCCUGAAAAGAAGAAAUCUCCUCCGUCCUCCCUGACCAAUGGCAAUGGCAAGAGCAUCCGGCCACAGUCGUUCACUCCAGGGCUCAAAAGGUCCAAAUCUUUGACCUCGGCAGACGCCCUGGCUAGUGGCAUGGCGGCCUUGGGUCUUGCUGCGGAUGCGGGCGACUUGGGCAAUUUUCCACCAGAGAUACAAGAGUGUAUAGACAAGGCUCUUGAAGAUCCGAACGCUGUAUGCGCUCGGACCCUGAUGGAUGCCGUAGGACACCUUGUGUCUCGCGCGGUGGAGUCUCCGCGGUACGCGUUGCCGGCAGCCCGCCGCUGCAUCGCGGUGGUGGAGCGGGAGCAGACCGAGACCUUCCUCGAGUCUCUGCUCAACACUUGCCAACAGUGGUACCACGACAGGGAAAAGUUGCUGGGCGGCGUGGUGGGCGGCGGGCGGCCGCGGCUGAUGGCGUUCCUGUCGUUCCUGCUGGAGAUGUACUGCCAGCUGCGGCGGCGCGCCAUACAGCGGCGCGGCGCCUCCGCGCAGCCAGGACAGGUGCUGCUCACGCUCAUCUGCAAGUGCUGCGAGGACUGCAUCCGCCAGCCCGUGCCCUCCGCCAGCGAUACGGAGAACCUGUUCUUCGUGCUGACGUACAUCGGUCGCGACCUGGAGCAGCAGCUGCCGGGCGACCUGGAGCGGCUGCUGACGGCGGUGCGGGACGCGUUCCUCAACACGGCGGCCGCGCCCUCCAUCCGCCGCACGCUGCUGCAGCUCAUCGAGCUGCACGCCUCGCGCUGGCAGCUGCCAGGCUGCGCAGUUCUCUAUUACUACCCUUCUUCCAAAUAACACCGCGAUUCAUGUAUAAUACGUGUACAGCGUUUAUAUUAAGAUUCAUACAUGUAUAAAACAUGUUUCUUGUUUAUAUCACUACGAUAAUCUAUUGUCGUUCCACUGCUCAGCAUGAGUCUCUUAGAAAAGGUGGAUACUUCCAAAUAACGCUGCGCUUCCAUACGCACUUCAUGCGUUCGUGUAAGGCGUUUAAAAUUUAUACAUGUAUAAAACAUGUUUUAUGCUUAGGUAUAUCAUUAUGAUUAUUAUUCGACCCAUUAUCGUUCUGCAACUGAGCUGACUCUUGGAACAAAGAAGAUGCGUCCAAGUAAUGCUUCUCUUCUAUACGCGCUUCAUGCGUUCGUGUAAAGUGUAAUUAAGAUUUAUACAUGUAUAAAACAUGUUUUAUGGCUUACAUUAUUAAGAUAAGUCAUUAUAGAUCGACUACUGAGCAUGGCUUCUUAAAGAAGGAGGAUGUUGUGACCACCCUUGACAAACGGUUCGGGUUGUGGUUUUUAUUACUGAUGCGCAAGUACUCGUCUCGGAGAUAUUCGACAUGCUGGAAGUGAAAUGAGUGGUGACUGAUUGUAUUGUUAUUUUCACCACACGGUGAUUCGAAAAGGAUACAUCUACCAACAAUAGCAUGAUAUGGAGUAUUUGUCAGUAGACACAUAGAAUAUAUAAGAUCGUUACCCGGAGUGAAAACGAUCCUUGAAGAAAUAUCAUCUAUGUUUACGCAGACAUUUUCUAUAACUUAUAAUUCGAAUCAAAUUAUCUUCGCAUGCCUGAAAUUAAUUGGAGAAUCCAAAA